GAGCAAUAAAUAGAAAGUGUUUAUGAUCUCACUUGUGAGUCCACGUUUCUUACAACAACUGCAUCGUACCAACAGACACACACACCGAUUCAUGGGUAGAUUGUUUGUGAUCAAUUUGGAAGGUAAGAUUUAUUCCUGCAGAUACUGUCGCACCCAUCUUGCUUUAUAUGAAGACAUCGUUUCCAAGACUUUCCACUCCAGACAUGGGAAAGCUUAUCUCUUCAAUAAGGUCGUGAAUGUUUCUCUUGGCGAAACAGAGGAGAGACCGAUGAUGACUGGGUUACAUACUGUAGCUGACAUUUUCUGUGUGGGUUGUGGAUCGAUUGUGGGUUGGAAAUAUGAGAUUGCCCACGAAAAAGACCAAAAGUACAAGGAAGGAAAGUCUGUACUUGAAAGGUACAAGGUAUCAGGUCCUGAUGGUAGCAAUUAUCGGAUCAACAAUGGAGCACAUGUUGGCGGAAGCGAUGCAGAUGAUUUAUAGUCAUUCAUCUCGCCAUUCGUAAUUCACCAUAGUUGGAUGAAGAAAGCCUUUCCAGUGUCAUGUGAUGUAUCUCUGUCAAGUAAAUGUAAAUGUAAUUGUAAUGUAUUGAAUAAAAGACUGCUGAAAACUAUGUAUUAUUAUAACCAAAACUUGGUUGGUUGAUUUUAUGUUGGUUUCUUCUUGAAACAGGAUUGAGAUGCAAAGAUUUGAAUUCAUGUCUAAUGCAGGACAUAAACACUUAAACUA